ACUGACAGGCUCGCUCUGAGGAAGCACCAGCAGAGAAGAAGGGGGAUUUCUGCUGACCCUGUAGUCUGACCUGAGUCUUACGUUCUCAUUACUUCAAUAUUAAUUAGGUUUGAAGGAUAAAAUUUUAAGGGUGUGAUGAGCUAAGCAUGUAAACCUGAUACAGGAGAGAGUGGAUAUUUAGCUAUUGUAUUAAAUGGUGUACUGUGAGUAUGGGAUGGUACAUGUCCUUUCAGAGAAGGGGAGCAGCAAAGGAAAGGACUACUGUAUCCUCUUCAACUCUCAGUGGGCCCAUUUGCCACAUGAUCUGGGUAAAGCUUCACUUUUGCAACUUCAGGAUCAGACAGGAUCUGUUUUGUGUUCUCCUUCUGAUGUACCUGAUGGGGGAUUUAAUAAUCAAAUCCCCAUGGUGAUGCGAGGAAAUUGCACCUUCUAUGAGAAAGUGAGGCUUGCUCAGAUAAAUGGAGCUCGUGGGCUGCUGAUUGUUAGUAGAGAGAGACUGGUUCCUCCUGGGGGUAACAGGAGUCAGUAUGAAGAGAUUGAUAUUCCUGUGGCUCUGCUCAGCUAUAGUGACAUGUUAGAUAUUGGCAAGAGUUUUGGCAGCUCAGUGAAAGGGGCAAUGUAUGCACCAAAUGAGCCUGUGCUGGACUACAACAUGGUGAUUAUCUUUGUCAUGGCUGUGGGGACUGUUGCAAUUGGAGGCUACUGGGCAGGAAGCAGAGAUGUGAAAAAGAGGUACAUGAAGCACAAACGUGAUGAUGGGACAGAGAAACAUGACGAUGAAACGGUGGAUGUGACUCCAAUAAUGAUCUGUGUGUUUGUAGUGAUGUGCUGCUCAAUGCUCGUCCUGCUCUAUUUCUUCUAUGACCACUUAGUCUAUGUUAUUAUAGGAAUAUUCUGCCUGGCUGCCUCAAUUGGUCUCUACAGUUGUCUGUCUCCCUUUGUAAGAAGAUUCCCCUUGGGAAAGUGUAGGAUCCCAGACAACAACUUGCCUUAUUUUCACAAGCGCCCCCAGGUCCGGAUGUUGCUCUUGGCAAUAUUUUGUAUCUCUGUCAGCGUGGUCUGGGGAAUCUUCAGAAAUGAAGAUCAGUGGGCCUGGGUUCUGCAAGAUGCUUUAGGAAUUGCUUUCUGUCUUUACAUGUUGAAAACAAUUCGCCUGCCUACAUUUAAGGGUUGUACCUUGCUCCUCCUGGUUCUCUUUGUGUACGAUGUAUUCUUUGUAUUUAUCACACCUUUUUUAACAAAGACUGGGGAGAGUAUAAUGGUGGAGGUGGCUGCGGGCCCAUCGGAUUCUGCCACUCACGAGAAGCUCCCAAUGGUCCUGAAGGUUCCACGACUGAAUUCCUCACCAUUGGCUCUGUGUGACAGGCCUUUUUCUCUGCUAGGAUUUGGAGACAUUUUAGUUCCAGGCUUACUGGUAGCCUAUUGCCAUAGAUUUGAUAUUCAGGUGCAGUCAUCCAGAGUCUAUUUUGUAGCCUGCACAAUAGCAUAUGGCAUAGGCCUUCUUGUGACCUUUGUUGCCUUGGCACUGAUGCAGAUGGGCCAGCCUGCUCUCCUCUACCUGGUGCCCUGCACUCUCCUCACCAGCUUCGCAGUGGCCCUUUGGAGAAGGGAGCUGGCCAUGUUCUGGACGGGCAGCGGCUUUGCGAAGGACCUACCUCAGCCUCCUGUGGUGAUAGCCCCUGUCAACUGCCCUGAGCUUCCCAAAGACAGCAGCGUAGCAGCCCCUCAGCAAGAGGCAGAGCAGAUGACCAAUCCCACCCUGCACGUGAAGGAACCGCCUGGCCCCGGCUCGGCUGAAGAGGAGCUGGCUGACACCACACAGACAGGCCAGUCAGGAAUCUCUGUUGCACAGAGUGAGGAACCAACUGCUCAGAAUAAGGACAACCUUGAAAGCAAAUGCCUAAAUGCAGAGCAAAGCCAGGUGGAAUAAGUGAUGUGAUAAGAACUCCUUACUUUCCCUCACAAACAUAUCCAUAUAAAACCAGUAUGUAUUUAGGACUGGUUUAGUAGGGUUUGCAUUCAUUGAGGAACCUCGCUGGGAGUCUGAUCAUCAAAUCCAACAAGGAAUGUUCUGCCUCCAGCUUCGGUACAGCUACACACUUUAAACAUCCUUCUGAAAUAUGGUGCUCUCCAGGAGUUCUGAUGUGUGGGUUUCAAUGAUCACUUUGGUAGUGGAUGCCUUUGACCAUCUGUUCCAUUUGCAUUAUACUGGGGUAGCAUUAAGAGUCUUUAUUUACCCAGUGCUCUGUGCUUGUGUGGUUGUUUUGCUGCUGUAGCAUGGUAUGGGUUACCAUGGAGGAACAGCAUUGAACAAAUCUGCUGCAAUGCUUAGCUGAGAGAAACGUGGUCUUUUUUUUUUUUCAGCACUUUCCUUAUUGCCACCUUUUACUUUACUUCUCCUGACUUGUCAAAGCCAUUGAUAUAAGGGAAUGCUUCAGUAUAAACUGACAUUCAGGAAAUGCAGAGGAUGGUUAAAUUACCAUUACUCUGAAAGGAUUUACACUACCGUGGUGCAUUUAAUGCAUCUCUUUUGUUUUUACUUUGUUGUUAGUUACCUGGGCUGGUUACUAGUCUAGUUUAAAAGGCAGGAUGAGUGGAGCUCCAGGAAGCUUUCUAGUCAUUCAUGUGAACUCUAAGGGCUGUCUCUGAUAAUAAACAAGGUUGGUCACAGAAUGCUGCUUGGAAGCAAAUGCAUCUUAAGAAUGUUUUAGAAAUAAAAUACAAGCCAAAUAGGUAAGAAAAUAGGUAGUAAUGCUAUACUAAGCUUAACGGGCAGUAGUUUCAUUGGGAAAAUGUUAAAGCAGUAAAAGUUCAUGUGUUUUGGGGGCUUUGAGCUUCUAUUUGUUGUUCAUUCAAGGACUAUAAUUGUGAUUUCUAAAUAGUCUGUUUUUCUCAUUCCCAAGGGAGCACAUAUGGUGCUACAGACAGUUGUGAUUUAAAGGUACUUGCUGCUCAGUAACUUACCAGCUGCCUAAGUCAUGUUUGGUCUUUGUCCCAGGAGUAGACAAAGCACGGCCUGUCAGGUUCUGGAAUGAGCCUGGGAUCUUUCCUGUUAUUUUGCAUGUCUUGCUACAUGACAUUGUGAAGGACUAAAUUUGUCAAUUUAAAAAUUUUUGGGGUGCAGCUGGUCUUUAUAUUCCUGAAACUGUGUGUUUGAGUCUCUAAUGCAUCAACUUUUAUACAUAGAAGGAUGAUGUGAUUUGCAUAUUACUUGUUCCAUAUAAUUGUCUUAAUCAAAGGUGUCUGUUCUACACUUAAAUUGCAAUUCCAGAAAGCCUCGAACACUUCAUAUGAAAACUGAAAUAGAAAUCGAGGUAUUAUAGGAUCCUCAAAUAUGAUUCCAGAUUGCAUGGAAGAAAUGCUUCUCAGAGGAUUUGAGAGCCAAAAAAAUGUCAUUUACAUAAGUAUUGUCACAGUGAUGCAAUCAGAGGCAUUGCUUUGAAAUUAAAAAGAGUCUCCAGUUGGCUUGUUGAGUUGCAGUUCAAGGGCUUAUUUUUCAUGUCUGUCUAUUAAAUAUCAGCCACUGUUUUUUUGGCUGUGUCUUCCAAAAGUUUGCCCUGUGUUUUUUGGGUGAUAACUUCUGUGGGCAGUGGAAUUCUUAGGAUGUGAGUGGCUUUCUGUAAAACCACACUGUGGCUUCAGAGUUUCACCAGCUCCUUCUUAAAGCCUCGAGCCUUGUCAGAUAGGAUGAUUCAGAGUUUUUUGGGAGGCUUGCUGAGUCCAAGGGCCAGCACUGCAUUUAAUUUACAAAUUGCCCUGAUGGAAGGUAGUACUAAAGAGAUCUGGUUUUCAAUCUCCUCUGUAAUGGACUGUUACUUGAGCCAGCAGUAAUCUGAUCCAAUUAUUACUAAUAAAAAGCAGCAGAGAAAUUUUACUGAAAACUUCAGUCAGUGGAUUAUGACUUAAUUUUUAAGCCAUUGUGUAAAUAUGUAUAUUAAAUUAAGAAAACAAUCUUGUAUUUAAAUAAUGAACCUGACAAAUAACAAGCAAACAAGUUGAAGUUGUAUCGUUUUUGGCCUUGACUGUCUCUCAGUCAUAAAUUUGGAGUGGCUUUUCACAUACUUAAAAGCCAGUAGCUUCCUGGUAAUGAAGCAUUAAGUUUUUGCAGCUACUUGAAAAGUGUAUUUCAGCAUUUGUUCUCCUGUUUUCCUGAUUAGGAAAUAGCUUAUGUCUCAGAUUGCUUGUAGCUCCAUUCAAAUGGCAGAACUGCUCACCCUGAACACGAGGGCGUUGCAGAGCUGUGUCCCUCGGUUCUGGACAGGAGGAUCUGCUUCAUCUCAGUUUUCGGGAACCUUCCAGCUAUUUUUAAGUGUGACUUUUUUUUUCCCUGAACUACAAAGAAUGGGGGGAAAAAACCCCAAACAGCAACUCAGUGUGGUGUCUCUAGUGAAAGCAUGUGAAGUGGCAACAAUUUACACACUGACUAUCCUAGUACUGUACAGAUCAGUGACCCUGGUGCUCCUGUUUGGCUGUGACUGUUCAGUCCUUGAUCCUGGGCAGCUCAAUUGCUUCCAGCAAAAGCCAAGGCUGUACUUUUUUGUCUUUCAAAAACCACCUUGUUCAGCUUAAUUUAAAAAUUAAUGUUGUAUAGGAAAAUGUGAAUAUCAGUUCAGUGUGGCUAACUCUGAUUUAAUUUGAUGAUUGCAGAUGUACAUCCCCCACCAAACUAGAGUUUAAAUAUUUAAAGUAAUGAAGGUAAUAUUAAUGUUAAAAGUAAUGUUGAUGGGCUUCUUGUUUAUGUGUUUCACAUACUAAGUCUUUACUUAUUUGUCUAGAAAUUCAGUAAGGAUUUUAUUCCUGAGAUCCUGUAUGUGUUCGGGGGAACAAAUCCCAACAACAACCAACUCCACUUUAAAAAUCGUUUAAUAAAAAACCUCAACUCUUUGGAUCACAAUAGUGAGGAUCAGGUUCCUUCCUCGUGUUUGUUUUGGACUGUGCCCUUCUGAAGGGUUGUACAAAUGCAGCUGAAGGUAGAAUGGAACCUGAAAGACUUUACUGGGGGUGACAAAUAAGGGAGAAGUAUCCCAAGCCCUUUUUCAAUUUUAUCGAUUUUUUUUUUCUUGUCACAAAUUAAGACCAUUUAAAAUGAAAUAUAUAUAAAAAAAAGAAACAGAAAAAAUGAGCCAAAAAUACGCUGUUUUUACCAGUGGCAGUAAAAAAAGCAUAUCCACAUAUGUAAUAAUUACACUUGUGAAAAUAUUUAAUGUUUUCUCUAAAUUUGAACAGAUGCCAGGCAACAGAAAAUCUGCAGCACAGCCUGUUUUCUGAAAGGCUUUUUAACAUUUCACAGAAAACUUUGUUGAGGAAACUGUUGGUUUCCAAAUUUCUUGAAUGUUUUUCAUGAAGUCUUAGUCUCAGAUAAUCAGUCAAGCCUUUCCCCCAGUAUGGCUUUUGUUAAGAAUGUCUUGCAAGUCUUGGCAGUGUUUUGUAAGCACAUUUCUGUGUCAACUUUGGUUUUUCCAUCCCCCGUGCAUUGCUCCAACCAGGAUCAGGGGUAUCGUGGUAGUGCCUGGUGACUUGUGAGUGUGCUGGAAGGUGGCAUUGACUGCAGAGCCAGUGCUGAAAUAGCUGCCUUGUGAGCCUGCAGAAUGUGGCUGCAGCUAUUAAUGAAUUCAUCUGCCUCUGGGAGACAGUGUGAACUUACCUGCAGCUCUUCACAAAAGCCUGGAUGGGGUGUUUGGGAGCAGCAUUGCCUGAAGUGAAAGCUCACGUGCAGCUGUUUUAGUGCAAGUUCCUGCAGUUGUUCUUGUCCUUAGCCUAAUGAUUGGGUUCAUGUUUCUGGUUUCUUGCACUACCCCAGGCUGCAUAGGACAUAAAGCCCUGUGAUAUUUCUUAAUGCCAGCUCCAUGGACUAUCAAUGAACAAACCUGUUUUGUGCUUGCCUUCAUUGCUUGGCGUGGUAUUUGUAGUACAUUUGGGUGAGUAAGCUGGCCAAGCAGCACUGCAGCCUAUGUGUGUCAAUGCCUGGCUCAAGUGUGAAAUACAGACAUACCAGCAGAUCGAAAUAGUCAUCCAAAGCCUGCAGAGAUGGUGCCUUUUGCCGUGACAGAUACAAUCUCUGAUGUUUUAAAAGGAAAUCUGUGUGAGGGCUGUGUCUUUGGGCAAGUGAGGACAGGAACUCUGGUUGAAAGUCCAGAAAACAUCAGCAACAAGGGACAAUGAAUCUUUAGGUAUUUUAAUUUCACAUGUGGUUUCCCAGCUGGGGCAGGACAUUAAAACAGAGCUGCACUAACAGCUUUUCAGUUUAGGUUCUGUGCCAGUGGUGCUGGGUAGGGUGGAGAGGGGGAGGAUAAGAAAAAACUGAAGAUGGCUCAGAAAGCACGAGGAGAGUCAGAACAAGAAUGGCAGUGGAAGAGUUUACUCCAAAGAUAAGACCCAAGGCCAUGUAUGCUAAAUAUCCAAAAAUCUGCAAUGCUGCUGCAAAUGGGAAAAACAAUUUGUCAUUUUCAGGUAGGGAUGACAUUAGAAUUAAUAGAUUUCAAUUAACACUAAGGGAAUUUUGGUGCUGGUGGUAGAAAAAUCUAAGAAUGUCUGCCAGAUGAAGGGCUUGGCUCUGGGAGCAGGGCAGGGCUGUGGGCAGAGCACGAGCUCCUCUGGUUCUGAGAGCAGAGAACUGAACCACAGCCACAGAGUCUUGUCAUGCCCCUGGCCCACCUGCCCAGGUGUAGUCUGAAAGUCAGGCUUGAUGGGAUUUAAUGCUGUUACAGCAUGAACUUUGUCACAAGGUGCUCAGUUUAUAUCUCAUCAGUGCUGUCAGGGAGUUCUGUGAGCACUGUGACUCAUCCGACAAUUCGGAUCUUGUGACACAGACUUGGUCUUUUGCUAAUUAAAGGUGAUAAAUCCUCUGAAAAGAAACCACAUCAAUAAAGCACAUGUUAAAUAGCUGCAGGGCUCUUUUUUUACUUUCUUUCUUUCUUUUUUGUUUUCUUUUUUUUAAUGUUUCAUUUGUUGAAUUGCUUCUGGCAUCCUGAAACAUUUCAAAACAGGACAGCUCUGUGUACUACCAGAAGCUUCCCAUGGGCACUGACCUAAGAGAACUGGCUGUUCACUGAUCCUCUGUAUCUUCUGUAUGUAUCAAUUAGGUGUUCUUCUAUGAAGGUUUCACCUUUUCCUUUUCCAGUUUUGCAGGUAAAUAUUCAAAUUACGUGGAGUAAAGAUGACAUUUGGUCAUCUGUAGAGUAGAGAUAGGUGAUAACUAAUAUGUCUAAAUUGGAUUUUCUUGAAUCAGGAAGUAGUAUACUGUACACAGUCAUCCACAAUUUCAGGAACUAGUAGAGGACUUAACUUCAUGUGAUGCAGUAACUCAGACUUGGUUCUGUUUUCCCAGAAGGUGUUGGUGAAUCCAGCAGACAAGAGCUACAGGUGCCCAUGCUCCUACAAUAAUUUGAAGCCAUCUUCCUUAGCUGAAGGUGGCAUUACAGUUCAUCAAGUUUCUCAUAAUGUUUUCCUGCAUGUUACCAUGCAGGUUUAGUCCAGACAGCAAACUUCAACCAGGUGUUUAUCUCUGAGAGAUAAUCUGCAAGCUAGAAUUUUUUGUUGAGAACUGCAGAUGCCCAUGUGCUGUGUGCUGUGAACUGACCUUGGGUGUUCAAUGGGAACACUGAUUAGCUGAAAAUAAGCAGAGACACGGUCUCAAAGUAGACUAGCUCAUCACCAGCUCAUGCCCUAUCCCUGCAAGUUCAAGGAUGAGCAACCCUGAGCAACCUGAUCUAGUAAGUGGCAUCCCUGUCCACGAGAGGAGGUUGGAACGAGAUGAUCUUUAAGGUCCCUUACAACCCAAACCACUCUGUGAUUAUGAGAUUCUAUCAUAUCUCCUAAAAAAAUUGGUGACUUGGGCUGGAAGGGAGCCCUGCAGUAGCAGACAACCAACACCUCCUAGUCCAGUGCUGCUGAAAGAUCUCCAGGCCUGAGAACAUGACACGUUGCACGAGCAGCAACUGCUACUGGAGUGAGUGCAGUGGGGCUUCCCCAGCCCACACCCUCAGGGCUGGGUUGCACACAAGAGUCGGAGCUGACAUUGUACAAUAAAUACAAUAACCUUUUCCCUAAGCCAGAGAUUUGUAAAGGAUAGAAAUAGCUCUUUUCAUCUGAAAUGUGUAUCUGUAGUCAGUCACAAACCUGCCACUUCUCCACUGUGGAUCCAAGCUGUGAAUGCUGGGAUGAUGGGAAGCUGGUGAUGUUUGGGGAGGAGCACAGUCCUUGACACGCACUCCACAGCAAGAAACCUGGAGGGGACUUUAUUGUUCUGCUCUGACUGAAGUUGUUCCAGUUCACAAUGAACAAAAACUUCAAAACAGUGGGUUCGGGGUUAGUUUGACCAAAAAAUCCCACAGUGGUGCAGUUCAUUCUAGUUUGGGUCAUAAUCUGUUGUUUUCACAGUUGUCAGUGGAGACUUCAAAAAAUGCACAUCAUAGAUGUUCAGGCAGCCCCUAAGUUGGCAACAAGCCCAUGUAGGACACAGGCUGAUUCUCCAAUGCCCCUUUAGUAGGAAUGGUCUGUGUUUGCUGAGGUGAACAUGUUGCCCACUUGUCUUCACCUCAUGCUUUGCCACUUGUCCUCUCCAUCAACCUUUUGAUUCCCAAACAUUCAUAGAGCCAGCACAGGCUAUGGGACAGCAAGAAGAAACCUCUAUGUCUAAUGCCCUCCUGGUGCUCUCUGAAAAGCAUGGAGCAGGGAAUUGGCCAUCGUGCCCAGCCUGGCACCUGGGGCUAAACACACUAAACCUUUUUGUCCUAGAAGUCACUGACAGGACGGAUGAGUUCUGGUACUUUCAGCCUAGCAACAUAUGAAAGCAAAACCUAACUGUUUAGAGAAAAAUCUGGAUUGACAGCUGUGCCCAUCGAUGCUCUGCUCAUUCCUGACCUUGUUUCUUCAGGGCUGGAGGAACUGGGGUGUGAUACCCCCCACAACCACACCCUGUGACCCCUGCUGGUGUUUUCUUUACUAAAGCAGAGUCGAGGUGCUUUGGAUGUGGAUCGAGUGAGAGGCUGGAGGCAAAAAUUUAUGCAGUAUAAACAGGAUGUAAGAGAUGAGAGUAAGACCCAUUCGCUUAAUGCUUGUUUCUUAGAUGCUUGACAGUAGGUGCUUUUAGUAAGGAAGUUGAUUUUUGGAAGGUAACAUUAUCAGUAUAACAGUCUUAAAUGUCUGAUGUCUUUGUGGAAGGACUCUGUAAUGGUGUUCAAAUAAUAGUAUGUAGGGUAGUGCUAUGACGAGUGCAAACUAAAGGUUGUUAAUUUCAGUGCUUGCAGAUGCAUCUGUUUAACUCUGCAUAUGUGCACGAGGGAGAAAAUUUAAGCUCAUUUCAGGUGCUGAAGGCAAGAUUUUCUUGUGGUCCAACCUAUUAUAUGUUUUUGCUAUUUUAAGAUCUAUGCAGUUUGACCCCUUAAUUUAAAAAAAAAAUAGAGGGGAAAAAAAAGAAAAAAAUUUAAAAAAAAAAUGCACUAAGAAACAACUCCUCCCCCAGAAAAAAAAGAACAGCUAAGAAAGUUGGCCAGUGGGGGAAGAUUUGUGUGAAAACUUAGUUGGAGUAUUUUUCCUGCACAGGGGCUACUCUUUCCAAACAAACAAGCUGUGGAAAUGAAGUGCAGAUGGGACAUAAAGAACGAGGGAUUUCGUUCUCUGUAAGGAUGUGGUCAGGGAUAAAAUGAAUGUCCUUCCCCAAUUCCCUCAUUUUUAUCUUGUAUUUCCUUUCCCUUGUCAGUCAGUGAGUCCCACACACCGCACAGACCCGUCCAUAGUUGGGCUCCCUGGUUGCUGGGCUGUUGACCCCCAUGUGAAGAGGGUCCCUCUCCCUUCACAGAGCCCAGAGAAGGUGUAGCACUUGCUAGUGAUGACUUGCAAGAUUGUGCAUGAUAUCUACAAGGAUAGAUCACUCAGUAAUUCUGUGGUUGUCUAGAGGUAUAUCUAUGGUACAAGUAAGAUAUUUUUUCUGCUGUUAAUAUUUGCAAGUAAUGACGAAGAACUGACUGUGUCAACCCUAAAGAUCCCUCCCUCUGCUGACAGUAGGACAGAGCUAUUGCAAAGACAAAGGGGAAAAGCAAUGUUGUUUCCACAUAGUAAAAGGUAUUUUUUGUAAACAAUUCUGUUUUUCCAAAACUGUAGGUCUUACUGUAAUAUGUGCAUAAGAUUUCUGUUUCAGUCUGGGUGGUUUUUUCCACCCUCUGUCUGUGUGUGGAUCUUCAUGGUUUUAAUACCAGCCCUCCAACUGAAUUACAGCCUUGUAUCCAAUUGCACAGCAUAUCAUAAUAUAUUUUUAUAUAUGUAAAUACAUUGUAAUACAUAGCAUUUCCAGUGACCAAAUGUAGAUUUGCUUCUUCCUUCUGUGAUGUAACAUGGGAAAAACCUAUUUCAAAAUUAAUGGGGGAAUGACAGAAUCUUAGGGCAAGAGAUGAGAAAUAUCCCAAGGGUUUCUGCAGAGUGAAUUUUGCAUGGAGUAAUGAAGCCUAUUUCAGGCAUAUAUGAAUAUGCUGAAAGAAAACAAACUUGAAAAUGACUGGUCGACUGAAAUUGUGGUCGUUUGUUUUUUUCUCUCUGUUUUGCUUUUAAAAAACACUGGAAUUUCCUUUAGUCUGUUUUAGUUUAAAACUGUAAAAAUUUUCUAAAACUGUUCAAAUAAAGAUCCUAAAUUUUUGAACUGA